CGCAUCGAACCGGCAAUUGUUAAAAAGUUCCAGCAAAAAUUAAUAUUAUCUUGGAACGGCCGCGUGUGGAUGGAUAACAAAAUUAUUGAGGAUUACUUGAAAAGCGUUUUUGGACAAGGUUUUAUGGUUUUUAAAAGUAAUUACCUGAUAUUUAUAUUUAUAGGGUUCUUUCGAAAAAGAAUAUUGAUUUGGGAUUCUUUUCGUGCUCAUAUUUCAGUGGAGACAAAAAAAGUUUUAAAUUUUUAUUUUUAAUUAUAAAAGAAUAUAUAGGUUUUAAAAGAAUUACAACUGGACACGGGAGUUAUUCCGGGAGGGUGUACUAAAUUUUUGCAACCACCGGACGUAAGCUGGAACUGCCCUUUUAAAACACGUGUUAGGCAGCAAUAUGAAGAUUGGAUGUUGCAUGGUGAGCGACCUUUGACUAAAGGCGGAAAUCCAGCUCCACCACCAAUGAGCGUAUAUUUAGAAUGGAUUGUGAAUGCAUGGGAGAAAUUACCUCGAGAUCUUAUUGCACAAUCGUUCAAAACAUGUGGUAUUACAAAUGAUCCAAAAGGCUCGGAGGAUCAUCUCAUUUCAUGUCUUAAAGAAAGUAAUGGAAUGGUCAAUUUGGGUUUAGCACGUAUAGAUAAAGCAACAGUUGGGAUUGAAUCAAUGAUAGAAGCAGUGGAUUUGGACCAAGAUGACGAAAACGGAAUUUUAAGUGAUGCUUCAAUAGAUUUUGAUAUUUAA